AUGCAACGUCAUAACAGUACUUACGUUGUCAAGCGCGACGGCCGCAAGGAGGACGUACACUUCGACAAGAUCACCUCCAGAAUCCAAAAACUCAGCUAUGGGUUGAAUAUGGACUUUGUCGAUCCGGUGGCUGUUGCUAUCAAGGUGAUCAGCGGUCUUUACAAGGGAGUGUCCACCGUCGAACUGGAUAACCUGGCCGCUGAAACUGCCGCUUCGAUGACUACGCAGCAUCCGGAGUACGCUCUUCUCGCCGCCCGAAUCGCUGUCUCCAACUUGCACAAGAAGACUAACAAGGUGUUCUCGGAGGUUAUGAAGACCCUCUACGAGUUCCACCAUCCGCUCACCGGCAAGCACGCUCCGAUGAUCAGUCCGGAGACGUACGCCAUCAUUACCAAAAAUGCUGAUGUUCGUCUUUUCGGCGAUGACUCCAUAAAUUUUAAUAUUUUCAGAAGCUCAAUUCAGCCAUCGUCUACGACCGGGACUAUUCGUACACUUUCUUCGGAUUCAAGACUCUGGAGAGAUCGUACCUCCUCAAGAUAAACAAGGAAAUUGUCGAGCGUCCGCAGCAGAUGCUCAUGAGGGUGGCCAUCGGAAUUCACGGAGAAGACAUCAAUUCAGCCAUCGAGACGUACAACCUCAUGUCCGAGAGAUUCAUGACCCACGCUUCACCUACUCUCUUCAACUCUGGAACGUGCCGUGCUCAGAUGUCGUCGUGCUUCCUUCUCACGAUGAGCGACGAUUCGAUUCUCGGAAUCUACGACACUCUUAAACAAUGCGCACUCAUUUCGAAGAGCGCCGGCGGAAUCGGCCUCAAUGUGCACAAAAUUCGUGCGACAGGAUCCGUCAUUGCCGGCACCAACGGCACUUCGAAUGGACUCAUUCCGAUGCUCCGUGUCUACAACAACACUGCUCGCUACGUCGACCAGGGAGGAAACAAGCGUCCAGGAGCUUUCGCCAUCUACCUUGAGCCAUGGCAUGCUGACAUCUUCGAGUUCGUCUCGCUCCGCAAAAACACUGGACCAGAAGAGGAGCGGGCUCGUGAUCUGUUCCUCGCCCUCUGGGUUCCGGACUUGUUCAUGAAGCGCGUCGAAAAAGACCAGGACUGGUCCCUGAUGUGCCCAUGCGAAUGCCCUGGACUUGACGAUUGCUGGGGAGAAGAGUUCGAGGCUCUCUACACGAAGUGAGUGCAAACGGCAAAUUUAGCUAGGUUUCGAAGUGCGAUAUCCGAGCAAAGAUAAUUUAUCUCUGAUCGGAUAAAAUAUGUUUCAACUUCGAAAAGAAUUGAGCUGUACGAUAACCCAGAAAUAAGCUGUUAUUUCUUUUUGGGACAAAAAUCAGCUAACAUUUAUUCAUGUGGUCGUUUUAUUCUCAAAAGAAGCAUUUUCAUUGCAAUUUUUUAGGUACGAAGCCGACGGACGUGUCCGAAAGGUUGUGAAGGCUCGCAAGCUCUGGGAGCACAUCGUCUCGAACCAAAUCGAGACUGGAUUGCCUUACAUCACCUACAAAGACGCUGCCAACCGCAAGUCGAAUCAGCAGAAUCUCGGAACGAUCAAGUGCUCCAACCUGUGCACCGAAGUCAUCGAAUACUCCGCUCCGGAUGAGGUGGCCGUCUGCAACCUCGCUUCGAUUGCUCUUAAUCGCUUCGUAACUGCCGACAAGAAGUUUGACUUUGUCAAGUUGGCAGAAGUAACGAAGGCGGUGACGAAGAAUCUGAACAAGAUCAUCGACGUCAACUACUAUCCAGUCGAGGAGGCGCGUAACUCAAACAUGCGUCAUCGUCCGAUUGGUCUGGGAGUACAAGGACUCGCCGACUGCUUCAUGUUGAUGAGGUAUCCGUUUACCUCGCCACAGGCGAGAGACCUCAACAAGCGUAUCUUUGAAACCAUCUACCACGCUGCUCUGACUGCCAGUUGCGAUUUGGCUGAGAAACUCGGACCGUACACAACGUACGAGGGAUCGCCAGUCUCGAAAGGACAGCUUCAGUUCGAUAUGUGGGGAGUUACCCCGACCGACCAGUGCGAUUGGGCCACUCUUCGCCAAAAGAUCGCCAAGUAAGGGUAACUUUUUGCUAUUCAGUCUCAAUAUUUCUUUUUCUAGGCAUGGUGUUCGCAACAGCCUUCUCAUGGCUCCGAUGCCGACUGCUUCGACUGCUCAAAUCCUUGGAAACAACGAGUCGAUUGAGCCCUACACUUCGAACAUCUACUCUCGUCGUGUGCUUUCUGGAGACUUCCAAAUAGUCAACCCACACAUGCUCAAGGAUUUGGUCGAGCGCGGACUGUGGACUGACGACAUGAAGAACCGUCUGAUUGCCAACAACGGAUCCAUUCAGAACAUCGAAGGCAUCCCAGCCGACAUCAAGGAGCUCUACCGCACUGUGUGGGAGAUCUCACAGAAGGAGAUCAUUGAGAUGGCCGCCGAUCGUGGAGCUUUCAUCGAUCAGUCGCAAUCUUUAAACAUUCACAUGGCCAAGCCGAGCUACGCCGCCAUCACUUCGAUGCACUUCUACGGAUGGAAGAAGGGACUCAAGACUGGAAUGUACUACUUGCGUACGAAGCCAGCUGUCAACGCCGUUCAGUUCACUGUCGACAAGAAUGCGCUGAAGACGAAGAAGACUGUGGAAACGCCUGCUCCAGUUCCGGAGGACGAUGAGGGAUGCGUGAUGUGCUCUGGAUAA